GUCUGGAUUCGAUGGGGAGGGCUUUUUCAGUGACAGCGAACAUCCCCGGAUUCCCCUUAGGCAAAACUCAUCAGGGAUGAGAGACACGAUGUCGAGAACGGAAGCGAGACGACGACCGAGGACACCGAGACAUCCACAGGAAGACACAGGAGGUUCCGAGGACGCUGAGGCCUCGAAGCCUGGUGGUGAAAACAAACCACCUGUACGGGGUUCUCGCUUGGCUCACUCAGGGGCCAGACCCAAAACUGCUACCCGAGGUGGACGGCCGGGAGAGCGACAGAAACCACGCUCGCAAGACCACGGACAACGGCGUGAUUUCAUGAGAAAAGAUGGCGACAAACCUGGUCAUGGAAGAAGGGUAGAUGAAGGAGCUGACUUAAGACGGCAACAAUCGUCCAAGACAACAGCUAAAGCAAGAAACCGAGGCAAGGGUGAUCAUGAAAAAGCCGCUCGAGGAAAAGGAGGCCUUGGAUCUUCCACCACAACCGAAGCUGAUGCAUCGGAGAAGUCCACACACUCUACAAACAAAACCCCAUAUGAAGUCAAGCGAAAGGCCAAGACACCUCCCUUCACCGAUCAAGAACUGCAAAGAUUCAUGGAAGAGGAAGCCACAGAUGUUCUCUCCCAGUUGGUGAAGAGAAACGAAGCAUGUCAAUCCUUAUUAAACCAAGAUGAGUUCAGCGAUCAUACCUUACUACUUACAGUCCGUGUUUUGUCUUGCUUAAGCUACAUAGAUCCUGUAAGCGAAUUCACAUAUAUUAAAGAAUUGAAUGUAGUGCUCAGCAUGAUUGAAUCGUCAUCGUUUCUGAGUAAGCAUUUGACAAGGUAUUUGGUUAGUUUGCCUGUUAAGGAAGAAGAAGAAACUUGUAGUCUCAAGGAAGAGGGCCCUACUAAUACCGAUUUGUGCUUGAUACUCAAAUUGCUUCAGCUUUUUCUGCAGCACAAGCCAGGCAGUUACUUCGACGUAAGUGGAGCUUUGAUUCUCCUAGAGCGAGUAGCAACAACAGGAAGAUUGGUGGUAGACUUACAGCAGUUGAAGACCAGCUACAACUUGGUGGAACAGACUCAAAAGACAGCUAAGCAGCGUGCCUUGGAGAAACCGCCGCCAAACAACUUCAGAGAUAUCCCAAUCUUCCCGGAGAGCAGGGAACUUCGACAGAUCACAAAACCGUUUCUGAGAAAGAACAUCAUCAAAGGCAGAUACGAGAGCGUUGAGCACUACCUUGAUGUCCAGUUCCGGUUGUUGAGAGAGGAUUUUGUGGCGCCCUUAAGGGAAGGUGUAAAUGAGUUCCUGUCAGAUACCAGUAGCCGUCCUCAAGACAUCCGCAUCUACAACAACGUCUUCAUCCGGAGCAGAACGAUGGGAGAGAACGGCUUUGUCUACACAUUGAAUUUCGACAUAAGACCUCUGAAGCGUGUGCGUUGGGAAGCCAGUAAACGUCUCUUGUACGGUUCGUUCAUCUGUCUGACGAGGGAUAGGUUCCAGACCAUUUUGUGCGCGACGGUGGAAAACAGGGACACGAAAGCCUUGGAAAAGGGUCUGAUUGAAGUUCGCUUUUUGACUGAUGCAGCUCUUACCAAGGGCCCCUUUGUCAUGGCGGAAUCUGCUGCUUAUUUUGAAGCCUAUCGCCACGUGCUUCAGGGGCUACAGCAGAUGAACGAUCUGAAUUUUCCAUUCAAGAGAUACAUCGUAGAUGUUGCCCCUAGCGUCGAUCCGCCAGCAUACCUGAUUGACAACGAAGAUACUUGGUAUGACCUAAGACUACUUGCUGAUGAGAUUUUUAACGCAUGCUGGGGGGCACGAAAAGUAUACCAACAAGAGAGUUCGGACAAUUCGGACGACUUUGACGCUGUGUUUGACGAAUACGGUCCUGAGAAUUGGUCAGGUGAAGAAAACUGGGUUGUAUCUGUUACGCCUGACAUCAAGCUAAAUCCUGACAUACCACUUGCGACGGUCAGUGUUCCAAUUCUAAAGUUAGAGACUUGGCCAAGUGCUGAAGAACUACAUCUCGACGAAUCCCAGAAGGCUGCCCUCCAAACAGCAUUGACGAAGGAGUUUGCCAUCAUUCAAGGCCCGCCCGGAACAGGCAAGACUUACAUCGGCCUGAAGAUCAUCCAGCUACUUCUCGAAAAUGACUCGUGGAAACUCCACUCCGAAUCGCCAAUCCUGGUGGUCUGCUACACAAACCACGCACUGGAUCAGUUUCUGGAAGGAAUCAUAGCCUUUGGAGAGGACAACGUCGUUCGUGUAGGAAGCAGAAGCUCUAGUGAGGUACUUGAACCGAGGAACCUCUCCCGCUUGAGACGAGAAAGACCACGAUUAAACAUAAAUCGCGACGAGAAAAGAGCCCUGCAUGACGCAGAGGAUGAGAUUCAGAAAUCCCUUGUCAAACUAGAUAUACCAACCAAAGUCCUGCUAAACGUCGAUGCUCUGAAAAACUACAUGACACACGGUGAAUACAAAGCGCUUUCGCUGCUGCGCCAUGAGCUUAUGAACCAACGGAAUGCACAGGCCGAAAAAUUGUUGAAUUGGCUGAAUGUUGUUGAAUUUGAGGAUGAAGAUAACACUGAAUUCUCUGGUCACAAUCAGCCAAAGCAGGAAGGAGGGGAGCGAAUUGACGUGGAAGACGAGGGUCGCAGAAUUCAGUGGGAACGGCAGAUUGGCGACAGGCACGGACGACAAACACGAGAGCAGCGCCGACAAAGACUUAGGGAGGAGACGUUCCGGGAAAAUGCUGCAUAUCCACCGCAGUGCAUUAAGCGGUGCGGGAAAUAUCACAGGAAUUUGCCUUUAGUGGAGCUCCAGAAACCCGAUGUGAUGACUGACGAAGAGGCUAGCGGCGUUGAACGUGUCUGGUCACUGAUGAUAUGGGAUCGCUGGCGUCUGUACAGAUUAUGGGUUCGGAAAUACAUACAAGAUCAUGAGUCACAACUGGAAGAGCAUCGUCAGCAAUACGAGGAACUUUCAAAGAAGGUGCAAGAUUUGUACGUGCAAGAAGAUCUUGCAAUUCUCCUAGAUGCAAACGUCAUUGGCAUGACGACCACAGGGGCUGCUAAAUGUCGGGCCGUGUUGCAGCGUCUUUGUCCCAGUAUCGUAGUAGUGGAAGAGGCUGCUGAAGUUCUUGAGGCUCACAUCAUCACUACCCUGACUGAAGAAUGUCAGCAUCUCAUUCUAAUCGGAGAUCAUCAGCAACUCAAGCCAAACCCAACUGUCUACCGCCUGGCGAAGCAGUUCAACUUGGACACCUCUCUGUUCGAGAGAAUGAUCAACAAUGGUAUGCCUUGUCGAUCGCUCACUCACCAACACCGAAUGAGGCCUGAAAUCUCCAAUCUGAUGAAGAAACACUUCUACAGGAAUCUCUACGACGACCAAUCGGUUUUGAAAAUGGACAACGUUAAGGGAGUGACACAUAACAUGUUCUUCAUCGACCAUCGACACCUUGAGGAUGAGGUUGACGAUGACAGAACCAAAUCGAAUCAGUACGAAGCUGAGGUCCUUGUUGAAUUGUGCAAGUACCUGUUGCAUCAAGGCUACGAACGCUCUCAGAUCACUAUACUCACCACCUACACAGGACAACUAUUCUGCUUCAGGCGUCUUAUGGAUAAAGCAACUUUUAAAGGGGUUCGGGUUUGUGUUGUAGACAAUUUCCAAGGAGAAGAGAAUGACAUCAUACUUUUGUCUCUGGUACGAAGCAACGAGGAAGGAACCAUCGGGUUUCUGCGCACUUCAAAUCGUGUCUGCGUUGCGCUGUCGAGGGCUCGGAUGGGAUUUUACUGCAUUGGCAACGGGAGUAUCUUGAAGAAGACACAGAUUUGGCAGGACAUCUUAGCUACCCUGGAGGCUGAGGAUCGAUUCGGUGCCUCUCUACCAUUGGUCUGUCAAAAUCAUCCCAACAAAAUCACAGAGGUUACCACUCCGGGUGAUUUCAAGGCAAAGGUUCCCAGUGGGGGAUGUGGUGGACCCUGUGAGUACAGGUUAGCUUGUGGCCAUGUAUGCACAUCUCUCUGCCAUCCCUAUGACCCCGAUCAUGUCGACUACGAAUGCGAUAAACCAUGUACGCAGCUCUGCAAACGAGGGGAGCAUCCCUGUCCACUUCGCUGUUACCAGGAGUGCAGGCCGUGCCAAAAAUGGGUCCAGAAAACGAUGUUUGAUUGUGGUCACACAAUUCGGGUUCACUGUCACGAGUUUGAUGUGAUCACCUGCACAGAGCCCUGUCAGCGGACAUUCGCUGAUUGUGACCAUCGCUGUCCCCGUACAUGUGGUCAAAGUUGUCCCCAUCAGAUCUGUCCGGAACCCUGCGAAAAGACGCUGUCAUGUGACCAUCCGUGCACAAAGUCAUGUGGUCAAUCAUGCAAGGUGUAUUGUCGAGUGAAAGUCAAGAAAAUCUUACCAAAGUGUGGCCACGAAGUCUUAAUGGCCUGCGGCGAACGAGCAGAGGAUUUUAAUUGCCACACUCAAGUUGCUAAAACACUUCCGAGGUGUGGUCACCGAGCUGUAAUGCACUGCUUUAAGGAUCCUAGCAGCGUAGAGUGCAAGGAAAGAUGUGAGAAGAAACUCGAAUGUGGGCAUCAGUGCCCUAAGAGCUGUUGGGAACCUUGUGGGUUAUCCUGGAUGUGUUCAUUUCCGUGCGAAAAGAUCUUGGCAUGUGGACAUCAAUGUCCAAAUGAAUGCCGUAUGCAUUGUCCACGAGAGAAAUCUGAUGAUGCCUUGAUUUCUUCGUCCAGAUUUGUCGCACUUUACUCUAUGUUCUGCAGGGAAAAAUGUGGUAACACGUUGGCAUGCGGGCAUGUGUGUCCCAACAAGUGUGGUGAACCCUGCCCAGGACCUGAAAUGGAUCGCUGUGACAAAAGACAAUUCAGAAACAUCUGGACAAAAUGCAAGAAAAUCGUGAAGAAGAAACUUCCGAGUUGCGAUCACCUUGUUGAAGUUUGGUGUCACGAGGAUGUUAGUUCUGUUGCAUGUAUCAGAAAGUGUGAGAAAAAGUUGCCUUGUGGUCACAGCUGUUCCAACAAAUGCAGCGAGCCCUGCCCAGGACAGUUCGGAUACUUGAACAGGCCCAGGGCCAACAAGAGGCAAGGGAAACAGAGACCUCCCAGUGAAAGAUGUGAAGUGAUCGUCAAGAAAGCUCUACCAUGUGGUCACAGCACUAAAAACAUGCCUUGCUGGAAGGCAGAGUCUGCCGCUAAUAAAUCAUGCGACAAACCGUGUAGUACUGCGCUUGGGUGUGGUCAUAGGUGCACUGGUAAUUGUGACAGCUGUAAGCAGGGCACACAACACAAACCGUGUCCUAAAUCAUGCAACAGGCAGCUCCUCUGUGGCCACAAUUGCACUGACUCAUGUAGUAGCUGUUGCUCCCCAGAUUGUAGGAGAUGCCGUGAGGACUUGAGACAGGGUUCCAGUCAAGAUUUGACGGCACCAUCACCUUGCAAACACAACUUUACGCAUCAACACUUGAAGACGAAAGCAUGCGUGCGACCUUGCAACCAAAAACUCCCAUGCAAACAUCCCUGUAUUGGUGUGUGCGGUGAACCAUGCCCUCCUUUUUGCAAUGUCUGCGACACAAAGAGUGUUCGAAGCAAUUUACCAAAAGGACAGUUUCAUCCCAGGGAUAUGUACAUCUAUCUCCCAGACUGUAAGCACCUGUGUCAGAUGCGAUCCCUGGAUAAGACGGUUGCAGCAGUCAAGAAUACCCUUGAGAGAGGCUGCUUUCAGAUUGGUUCUAUCCUGUGUCAGAAAUGCAAGGUGCCAAUUCGUCGCUGCACUCGUUACAAUGUCAUCCUUAAGGUUAUCAGUGACUCAGUUGAGGCAGUGCGAGGUCAGUGUCUCGGCAAGAGAAGAAAGACCUUCGGCAUCAGAAGCGGUUUAGUCCUGCGAACGAGUCUGGGUGCUUCGGCCAGCAUGUCAUUCGAGGUAGGGAGAUGGAUGAGAUGUCGUCAUGGUCACGUGUUCCUUCGAGAUCAAGAUGGUGGUGAUGAUGAUGCUCAGGAGCCACUAUGUCCUCGAUGCCCUCAUGAGUAGGGGGGGGGGUUCUUACCUAUACCGGUGCGGGCUCAGGUGUUAGAAUCUUUCACAAGGCAGGGGUCAGGAGUACGCAUCAUUUAGGACUGUCUUACUCGCAAAGCCAUGGUAUCGACGAAACCAAGUGAUCGAACCAGACUUGUUUAAUCGAGAUACCUUAAUAUAAUUGUUUUUGAUUCGAAGUCAUCUUUAUUCUCGUUGUCAUUCAGUCAUUCACACAGAUUUAAAAAAAAAACAAAAAAAACAAAAAAAAAAAAACCUGUAAAUAAAAGUCAAAUUUAGCUGACCAAACUUGUGUCGAACGCUAGAUAAACAUCUAAUGUAGAUACAAAUCGAAUAUACUUGCACAUUGUUGAAAUACGGGGUAGUCUGAUACCCUUGCGAUUAAGAUGUUCGAUUACUCAGCAAACAUCUUUACAGGCAUUUUGUUGGCACGACCGUCGCUUGUCCUCGCCGCCUUAUCGAAAAAAAGUAAUGGUGUCAUAUCUUUGAGCGCUCAUUGGAUGAAUUCUGUUUGCCUGAUGACCCUAGGUCAACCAUUUUGAGUUCUAUUCGACGAAUGUUGCUUUACCCGAGCCCCGGGUUAACACUUUUAUCUUACGCACAAUGUACGAAGAUUAUUAAAAGCAAGUGACCUACAGACAACGUUUUUCGAAUCUGGGAUUCUUUCACAAGUUAAAGAAUACUGUAAAAACAGUGCUUAGCAUUUAAACACAUCAGAACGUGUUUAGAGUUUAAAACGUUUAGGAAUGUGUUUCAAUUCUAAACGUUUUCCACUUUUUAAUGUUGUGAAACUAAACGUGUUUACGUUUUGGACAUGUGCUUAGGAUUGUACAUCUAAAUGCGCUUAGGAAGGUGUUUAAAUGCUAAACAUAUUAUUCAUUAAACAUGUCAAACGGAUAAUGCGUGUCACAGAAAAAGGACAUCUAAACAUGUCAUGAUGCUAAACGUGUGGAAAAAGUGGGUACAGAAUAAGUGUUUAGAAAUGUGUUUAAAUCCUAAGCACCAUUUUUACAGUGAUAUAUGUUAAAUGAAUUGACGUCCGAAAUCGUUUUUGGUAUAGAAGGGCGCGGGGACAAGUGGAGACACUACCUUGUGACACAGAUUUAUGUAAACUCUGUUUACAAAGGAACGGUCAACGGUGUUGAAAAAAAGUUAGCGCCGUUUUUCUAGAGUAUACAUCAGUGUUUGGAGAGUUACGUGUUCGCCUACGAAGUCAGAUGUAAAUUUGUGUAAAUAACAGCAAACAUAUUUCAAUGGAUACAACAGAAAUUCUAAGGUACAUGUUUCCUUUGAUUUUUAUCAAAAACAUAUGGGGACUUGUUUUCUACAAUUGCUAUAUCGGGUUAACCCAUGAAAAAGACGGGAGUUCUGGAAAAGUAAGCUGCCUUCGCUUUAAGCAAUUCGCUACACAGUUUAUUUUGCGUGUGUAUAGUAAAUAUCGAAUAUUUUCUAGGAUAAUUUGAUUCAUGCCUAUACGUGCACUCUAUAAAAAAAACCCACAUUAGUCAGGUUUGACUAGAAACCAGUUAAAAUUGAUUAGUCAUUCAGAGUCAGCUGGGUGCAACUGAAAAUUAGUCAAUCGGACUAGAUGUUUUAAGGCAUGAUUGACAAAUAGUAAUGCAAACAACUCAAAUUUCUAGUCAUAGUUGUGAAACUUUGUAUGUUUAACUAAAUUCCCAGUAGGCCUAAAUUUUCAAUAACUAGGAAAACCAGUGAAUAUUUUGACUAAGUUGUUUUUAGUUGUUUCUAACGAUUUUGUAUAUUAACUUUCCUUUGGGUUUUCGUUUUUAAAAGUACUUAAAUGUUUAUAUAGUCUGUUCCACUGGGCCAAGUA